GCCAUGCUGCUGCUGCUGCUGGUGGCCAUCCCGCUGCUGGUGCACGGCUCCAAGGCGGCCGCGCACUACGAGAUGCUGGGCAGCUGCCGCAUGGUGUGCGACCCCUACCCCGAACCCCCCGCCCCCUCCCCGCCGCCCCCCAAAACCGAACCCGCCGGUCGGAAAGGCCGCUCCGGUCUCCGCGGGCCACCGGGGCCACCGGGACCGCGCGGGCCACCGGGAGAGCCGGGCCGGCCGGGACCGCCGGGACCACCGGGACCGGGGCCGGGGGGGUACAUCCCGCCCUUCUACACCCCAAAAAUCGCCUUCUACGCCGGGCUGAGGAAGCCCCACGAGGGCUACGAGGUGCUGCGCUUCGACGAUGUGGUGACCAACGUGGGCAACUCGUACGAGCCCACCAGCGGCAAAUUCACGUGCCCGCUGCCCGGAGUUUAUUUCUUCGCCUACCACGUCCUGAUGCGCGGCGGCGACGGCACCAGCAUGUGGGCGGACCUGAUGAAAAACGGGCAGGUGCGGGCCAGCGCCAUCGCGCAGGACGCGGACCAGAAUUACGAUUACGCGAGCAACAGCGCCAUCCUGCACCUGGACGUGGGCGACGAGGUGUUCGUGCGCCUGGACGGGGGCAAAGUGCACGGCGGCAACACCAAC